ACAUUUGGUGUAAUUGUUGUUUUUGUUGACUUGGCGUUCAUUCUCAUUCGAAAGAUUUGGAUUCUAAAAAUGAAGGGCAUUGCAUGCAGUUUGAUUGCAGGCUAAAGACUUGAAGGAAUGUCUGACUUGUGCAUGUACCAGUUCGAAGAUAUAAUUUGGGAUGAAUAUUACCAGAGUGAUGAUCAUAUAGUGCCUCAUCCUGGUGACAAACGGGCCAAAGAAAUUUCCUUUCAGGGUGAUAGUUGCAAGAAACCUCGCUGUGAAGUAACUGGUAUUUCAAGAAGUUAUGCAGAUAAAUCUGCUGCUAAACGUGUAGGUCAGGAGAAAGAACAAAGAGAUCUUUCAACUUCUAUUAAUAGAAAGAACCCCAUGUUUGAGAAGGAUUCAUCGUCUCGCCCACCCCACGAUGCAUCCCUCUCUCCAAUUGUUCGUGAUGCAAUCAAAGAAGCUUCGAGUUCAGCAUCUGACAAUACCAGAAUAUCAAGUCAUGGCUUCAACAAUAAUAAUUUAGAUUCCAAUGGUAGUGAAGUUUGUGCAAAUGAUACCACACUCAAUGACAAGUGCACUGCUGUUGAGAGCAACUCUUUUAGUUAUCCACUCGGUGACAUUUCUCAAACAGUCGAUGAUCUGAAUUUCUUUGACAAAAAUCCUGAAGACGAGGAUUCUAGCGAUAUCAUACAUUAUGAUUGGCCUGAAAUAGGAAAUUUUGAGGAUGUCGACAGGAUGUUUAGAAGUUGCGAUUCAACAUUUGGACUUGGGGAGGAUAAAGAAGAUGAAUUGGGUUGGUUUUCAUCAGAGGAUGCUAUAGGAGGAUCCGGUGAUAUUCUGAAGUCAGAUUUUAAGUUUUUCUGUCCCGAGUCCAAGGCAAUGGAAAAUAUUUCAGAAAACCAUGACACCUCGAUGGUAAAUGGAAGCUAUUCUACUAAUGAUAUUACCAGGACAACUGCAUCCAUUUGGUACUCAGAGAGAGAUGAAUCUGCUUCUCAUGUGUCCAUUGCGAAUGGAUCCACGGGAUCUGACAGAAAAGAAGAUGUCAUGCCCAUAGAAAAGGGAAUAGGACAGAAUGGUAAAAUGCAACCCAAGAUUUCAACUAACAGUUACAAAACUGGAAACAAAGAAAUGGUUAAUGAGCAUAAAAAGCAGUCAAAGCAACAGAACCAUUCUCAGAGGAAAAGAAAAGAACAAUGCACUGGAAAUGGUUGUUUUAAUUAUGCUGGCAACCUGCCGAAUGAAGUUAGGCAUCUUCCUUCUGGGGACAUAUCUCAUGAAACUUUCCAAUAUAAGGCUAUUCAAUGUCAACCGAAGUCUCCGGUUCCAGAUUCUUGUGAUUACCUACAGAAUGCUUUUCCUUACGUGCAUUUAGAUAGCAGACAUUUACCAGAUAAAACUUCGGUACAUACAACUCAAUCUGCUGUCAGAUCUGAGAAUGAUGACUUGGCAUUCCUUUCACCGAGGGAGCCAUUGUAUGCCUCCAGUCAAGUGCAUUUCUUGGAAAAUUCUGGUGAUCCUCCAUUUCAGGUGGCUACUAUAGCGGGCAGUGAAAAAAGAGAGAAGCUAGUCAAUCAUAAAGGUAGUCAGUCUUCCAUACUUGAUCCCAUUUCACUGGAAAAGAAAGUUCACCGUUUUGGAGAUAAAUUUGAAAAUCAAAGUGAUGUUGAUGUAGUCGGCAUAGUGAUUCCAGCAGAAUUAUGCUCAUCAAAUAUACAAGAGAGCUCAUCCAUGAACUCAGCUUUGGAAGAUAUUUCAAUUGAAGCAGCUAGUUUACAACAGCUUCAGCUUGUCAUGGAACAGUUGGACAUGAAAACAAAAUUAUGCAUCAGGGACAGUUUAUAUCGUUUGGCUAUGAAUGCUGAGCAAAGACAUACCCAUGCAAGCCCCAAUGGUGGCUGCAAAGAUGAGAGAGAAGCCAGUGGAGCAUUCAUGGCAGAAGGAUCAAACAAGUGCACUGGAUUUAUAGAUAUGGAAACCGACACAAAUCCUAUAGAUCGCUCCAUCGCUCACUUACUGUUUCACAGGCCUUCAGAUUCGGCUUCCAUACCUGUCAAUGACUCAUUUGCAUUCAGGUCACCAAGCAUGGUUCAUGGACCCAUCACCAGCAUGUCUGCAAUGGAUGAGAAAUCUAUCAAUAAUGAAGAAACUGCUGCUGCUGAAACAUAGAGAAUUGUUUCUUGACUGCUGAGAGUCGACGAGUCUCUAGCUUUUGCAAAGCCCAUACCAUGUACAUAAACAUACCAGUUGACUCAAGCUUAUAUGCUAUUUAAAUCAUGUAAAUUUGAGUCUGGUUUUUAACCUA